AUGUCUAGAUAUUCGUUGCGUCAGACCCCUAGGAAGAAGGAACUCUUCGAGGGCAUGGUAGAGACUCCCACUGCAUCGCGCCGUUCAUCACGUCGCCAGUCCUCAUUCCCUCCUGAGCUACUGUCCGAUCCCGACAACGAAUCGAGCUCUGCUGCCGAGACGUCAACUCGCACUCGAUCAACGCGCCGCCGCACCGGCAAGUUCACUGAGGAGCUGACCGAAGAGGAGGAGACAAAACCACACACCAAUGGCAAGUCUGUUGAAGGGAGGGAGGCCACGACAAACGGCUCUCCCAAGAAAAAGACAACACCUAAGAAGAAGACGGCCGCAAAGUCAGCCGACGCCGGCGUUGUAGACGGAUGGCGCGAGGGCCAAGACCCCAAGAUCGAUUACUCGGGCGAGUUCGAGUUUGGCGGCUCAUUUGGCACUCUGGCCAUGAUGAUUCUCUUCCCAAUCCUCAUGUGGUACAUGUGGGUGGGCGCCACUUACUACGAUGGCAAGUUCCCUUCACGGGGUCCUGGUCAGAGUUGGAGUUCCUUUGGAGCCCAGCUCUUCAACUACGUGUACACUGGCGCUUUUCCUCACGCCAAGGCCUGGUUCUGGUAUUGGUCCUAUCUCAUCUUUCAGGGUGCUUGCUACUGCUUGCUCCCUGGUGUCUGGGGAUGGGGUAAGCCGCUUCCUCAUGAAGGAGGCAAGCAGCUCAAGUACUUUUGCAACGCAUUCGUCACCUUGUAUACGACACUUGCUAUCCUGGCUGUUCUGCACUUCACCGGCAUCUGGCCACUGUACAAUGCCAUUGACGAAUUCGGUCCGCUCCUGUCGGUUGCCAUCCUGAGCGGCUUCUUGGUCAGUUUUGUCGCGUACUUCUCCGCCCUCUACCGCGGAAAGCAGCACCGCAUGACCGGCUACCCCAUCUACGACUUCUUCAUGGGCGCCGAGCUGAACCCCCGCAUGUUCGGCAUCUUGGACUUCAAGAUGUUCUGCGAGGUCCGCAUGCCGUGGUAUUUUCUGCUCAUUCUCAGCCUGGGUGCGGCGGCUCGUCAGUGGGAACGCUACGGCUACGUCUCCGGUGAAGUCAUGUUCCUCGUCAUGGCUCACUACCUCUACGCCAAUGCCUGCGCCAAGGGCGAGGAGCUCAUCAUCACUACCUGGGACAUGUACUACGAGAAGUGGGGGUUCAUGCUCAUCUUCUGGAACCUCGCUGGCGUUCCGCUCUCCUACUGCCACUGCACCAUCUACCUCGCCAACCACGAUCCAUCCGAGUACCGCUGGAACCGUUGGUUCCUUGCCGCCAUGUACAUUGCCUACCUCUUCUGGUACUGGGUCUGGGACAGCUGCAACAGCCAAAAGAACCGUUUCCGUGCCAUGGAGCGCGGAAAGAUGAUUGCCCGCAAGACCUUCCCCCAAGUUCCAUGGCAGACUAUCCACAACCCCAAGACCAUUGAGACUCCUCAGGGCACGAUCCUCGUCGACGGCUGGUACGGUCUUGCACGCAAGAUCCACUACACUGCUGAUAUAUGGUUCUCCAUCUCAUGGGGUCUGAUUACUGGAUUCGAGAGCCCAUUCCCGUGGUUCUACCCCGUCUUCUUUUGCUGCAUGAUUGCUCACCGCGCCGCGCGAGACAUUCACCGUUGCCGCAACAAAUACGGCGAACAUUGGCUCGAAUACGAGCGACAAGUUCCCUAUCUCUUCAUUCCUUACGUAAUCUAG